UGGAAAACACUAGAGAGUUGAUUUUGUUGGGUAUAUAAAGCUACGUGUGCUUGUGAAGAGAGCAUAGAACUGAAGAAGCAUUGAUCGAAAUAACAUCUCAGUAGCAUGUCUCUUAUUCCGAGCCUCUUGGGUGGUCGACGAAGCAACGUGUUCGACCCUUUUUCUCUUGACGUAUGGGACCCUUUCGUGGGGUUUCUUGGGAACGCGCCUUCCUCGGGUGGUGAAGGCAGUGCCAUAGCCAACACGCGCGUCGACUGGAAGGAGACGGCGGAGGCGCACGUGUUCAACGUGGACCUUCCUGGGCUGAAGAAGGAGGAGGUGAAGGUGGAAGUGGAAGAUGGAAGCAUUCUGCAGAUUAGUGGAGAGAGGAGCCGAGAGAAGGAAGAGAAGGAUGAUAAAUGGCACCGCGUUGAAAGAAGCAGUGGCAAGUUCGUCAGAAGGUUCAGGCUUCCCGAGAAUGCCAAAAUGGAUCAGGUUAAGGCUGCCAUGGAGAAUGGGGUGCUAACUGUUACUGUUCCUAAGGAAGAACAGAAGAAGCCUGAGGUCAAGUCUAUUCAAAUCUCUGGUUAGAUCUUUUGUUCCCUUGCCGCAUCCAUGUUCCGCCUUCUAAACAAGUAUCGUGUCUUCUGUGUGUUUAUGUCACCUUAUGUAUUGUGGUCAUGUCUGGAUUUUAAAUUCCACUGCUUAUUGUAAGAUUUUCCCUAUGUAUCAAUAAACUGUUGUUGCUUUAUCUAAAUC